UAUUUAUUUAUGAGCAAGCCGGGGAGUGUCGGGCUUGAUCAUUUGUUUCUUCUGUAUUUGCUCACUCUUUUAGGAGUGGUGGUCUUUUUGUGCUGGAUUUUUGCAACUCCGAAGGCAUUCCUUAAUUCUUGAAUUUGUGGGUGGUGUUUGGAAGGAAAUCAAGAAGAUGGGGCUGUCAAACUUCCCGAGUGCAGCCGAGGGAGUACUUCCUGUGCUGGUAAUGAACACAGUUCUUUCGGUGACCCUUUUGAAGAACAUGGUGAGAUCUGUUCUCCAAGUUGUGGGUGCUUCUGGGAAUCCACCAAAUGUAGAAGAAGACGACCCAGAUGGCUGCCCGGAGACCGAGAAUAGUGCAAGGGAGAGAAGAAUUUCAAUAACAAGGUUCAAGUCUCUGCGCCACAGCAAGAGCAGUGGCAGCAGCAGGUGGUUUCCAAUAAUGGAGUGUUGUGUGUGUCUGUGUAGGUUUGAGGCAGAACAGGAGGUGAGUGAGUUGUCUUGCAAGCAUUUCUUUCACAAAGUUUGUUUAGAGAAGUGGUUUGAUAACUACAACCAUAAUACCUGCCCUCUUUGUCGCUCUAUGGACUAGAUUUAUACAAUGUUUUAAUGGUCUGUUGGAGGUUUGUUUUGUAGAGAAUAUACGUCCUUGUACUUUUCUCUGUUGCCUUUUUUCUUCUGUUUUUUUACCUGUGUUCUGUUCUUUUUUUUUUUUUUUUUCUUCUUUCAAUUAAAAAAUAGACAGCUCUGUGAAUAUCUUGUCUUGCUUUCUAUAUAGAAAUAAAGAAUGAUAGGGUUGAACUA